AUGUGCGACCAAGAAGAACUUCGCAAACUGUGGCUGUGCCAGAAGACAAUUUACCAAAUGAUGAAGGACAGAGGCUACGUUGUCUCUGACUCUGAUUUAGACAUGACCCUAGACGCAUUUAAAAGCGAGUAUACGAUACUGGUGACCACGGGAAGCAAACACGCGCUGUCGAUGCUCUUCCAGCACAGCACCAUUGCAGGAAAGCAGCUUUUUGUCUUCUUCCCAGACAGCGCGUAUUUCAAGGCAAAAGAUAUCAAACUCUACAUUUCCACUCUUGGAAAACAAAACAUCCACAACGGAAUUAUUGUCUGCAAAGAGACUCUUAAAGCGCACAGCCUCAAGGCGCUGGACGAGUCGAGAAAGGACUACGACUUGGAGCUGUUCUACGUAAGGGAGCUCUUGUUCAAUAUAACCAAGCACAGGGAUGUCUCCAAACACAUUCUUCUAAGCGAAGAAGAAAAACAAGGCGUCCUUAAAGAGAGAAAAAUAGGAGAGGCGCAGCUCAAGAAAAUUCUCAUGGAGGACCCCGUCAAUAAAUAUUACGCAGGAAAAAGAGGCCAAUUGUACCGGAUUGUGAGAAAUUCAGAAACAGCUGGAAUAUCAAUAGAGUACAGGAUAGUUGAAUAA